UAGUAUUUACAUACAUUCUUCAAACCGUUUCAAUUACUUUUUUAGGGUACCUACUAAUAUUACUAAACUAAUUUUAUGUAUUUUUAGUUCAUUACUCUAUGAGCUUCAUAACUUAACCGAAUAAUAAUCUAAGUAUCKUUUAAAUCAAAAUGCUGUCUUCACUUGUCAAAGAACAUCAAGUAAAACAAGCUGCCCGUAAAGAAAGCCAAGAUAUUAAAAGAAAAGAGGCAGUAAACGCUGCCAAUGAAUUAACUAACGCACUGGUAGAACACCUUAAUGUGGGUGUGGCCCAAGCAUAUCUCAAUCAAAAAAAACUUGAUGCUGAAGCAAAACAAUUACACCAGAGUGCUAUCGUCUUUUCCAAACAAACUUCUCAAUGGCUGUCACUGAUCGACAACUUUAAUAGCGCUCUUAAGGAGCUGGGUGAUGUUGAGAAUUGGACUCGAACCAUUGAAAAUGACAUGCAAAACAUCACCACUACCCUAGAAUAUGCAUAUAAAGUUUCCCAAAAACCUUAGUUAAUGCUGUCUGCUGUCUUCAAGAACAUGGCUUGAUUUUUAAAUCUGUUAUAUUUUAUCAUUCAUUAAUUGUACUUAUUUAAAAUAAGUGGAUACACAAUUUAUUAUUAUUAUUUUGUAUUAUUUUUGUAUAUUAUACAUAAAACUAUAUUUAUAUUUGAAUUUUAUUUUUACUCUUUGUAAAGUAAAAUAACAGCUUGUAUAGAGCAAUUAAAAUCACUGAUAACUAAGUAUUAUCAAAGAACAUAAGGACAUCAUAAAUGAUUCAGUACCUAUAUUAUAUUGAAUUUAAUUGGAGAGAAAAACAACUAUUUGUUAAGUUUUUUAACCACUAAUGACCUCUUCAUUACAUUUAUAGACUUUAACAUUUCAUGACUAAUUAGUUUUAAUUAUGCCUUUAGCCAAUUAAAUUUU